UGCCGCAAAACAACGUAGGACAAGACAUUAGUAUUACGUGGAGAUGAAGCAGUUCAUCACACACAACAUGCACUCUCAUCAUAAUCAUCCACGCUUCUUCUGGUUCCAAAGUCAACGGAUUAUGUUCCAUGUUUUUGAAAUCCAACGGUGUUGAUCUUAGGUGUAGGAAGUAGCUUGUGAAGUGUUUGCAGAUUAAGUGUCCUUCUCUUCAGUUAUUUAUGGGAUGUGUAAAGAGAAAAAAAGGAUCAUAAUUAACUUGUUAGCAUUGGCGUUACAGAGAGAGAGAGAGAGAGUUAUUAUGGUGACUAUGGAAGAGAGUCCAAGGAGCCCAGAGGCGAAGCUGGGGUUGCGAGUGGAGGAUCUAUGGGACAUUCAGGAACCACAGCUAAGUCCUGAUGAGAAGUUCAAUGCUUGCUUUGAAAGCAUACCUGUCUCUGCCUUCCCUCCACCUCCUUCAAAUCAAGGUUAUAAUUUUGGGUGUUCAGAAAUUGAGAUAAAAUCAGAUGCCACCCUAGCCGAGGCAGUAAAAAUACUUGCAGAACACAACAUUCUUAGUGCACCUGUGGUGGACGUAGAUGCACCCAAUGAUGCCAGUUGGAUUGACAGAUAUAUAGGAAUAGUUGAGUUUGCUGGAAUUGUUGUUUGGAUUCUGCAUCAGUCUGAACCCACAUCUCCAAGGAGUCCAUCCGGUGGAGCUGCUAAUACGGCUGCAGUGAAUGGAAUAACUUCUGAAGCAUUAGGCCUUGAAUCUGCUUCGACAACUUCAGGCAAUUUCUUUGAGGAUCUGACUUCUUCUCAACUAUAUAAGAACACCAAGGUUCGUGACAUUUCAGGGUCAUUCCGCUGGGCUCCAUUUCUCGCUCUGGAGAGAUCAAACUCAUUUUUGACCAUGCUUUUGCUGCUUUCCAAGUACAAGAUGAAGAGUAUUCCUGUGGUGGACUUGGGUGCAGGUCGAAUUGACAACAUUAUUACACAGUCUUCUGUAAUUCACAUGUUGGCAGAAUGUGCUGGUCUUCAGUGGUUUGAGAGUUGGGGAACCAAGAAACUGUCUGAAGUUGGUCUUCCCAUGGUGACACCAAAUCAUAUUAUCAAGGUUUACGAGGAUGAACCAGUGCUUCAAGCAUUUAAACUGAUGAGGAAAAAGAGGAUUGGAGGGUUGCCAGUGAUGGACAGGGGUAGCAGCACGGCAAUUGGUAACAUAAGCCUGAAAGAUGUUCAAUUCCUCCUAACUGCUCCUGAAAUCUACCAUGAUUAUAGAUCUAUUACAGCAAAAGACUUCCUGACAGCCAUUAGAAGCUACUUAGAGAAGCAUGAAGGGGCCUUUCCAAUGUCAGGUGACCUGAUUACAUGCAAUAAGGAUUGCACAAUCAAAGAAUUGAUUCAACUGCUUGACCAUGAGAAGAUUCAUAGGGUCUACGUUGCUGACAAUGACGGGAAUCUGGAAGGACUAAUCACACUCAGAGAUAUCAUCUCAAGGCUAGUACACGAGCCUCGUGGCUAUUUUGGUGAUUUCUUUGAUGGGGUUCUCCCAAUGCCUCCAAACAGCAGGGUUUGAAAUGCUUUCAGGAAGAAUAAGUUCUAUUCCAUAAGUAACAAAUUGACGUGUUUCUCAUCAGAGCUGACGACAAGAUCCUAGCCCCUUUGUAACAUCAGCACCUAGCACUUUGCAAGUUACUUGCUCUCGUUUUACCGUAGGUGAAACUGUGAAAUUUUGUGUAAAUUUUGACGUAAUAAUUUGGAGUUUUGGUCACAUUUUUCUUUUGAACAAGUUGAUCCUUAAUCUCAUGCUACUCUGCAAUUAAAAGCCAGGGAACUUAACGGAAA